AUGAACGUCAUAUGGUCUGGACUGGCGCUCCUUUUCAUCGUGACCGUAGAAGUAAAUGGACACGGCAGAUUGAUAGAACCGCCUUCGCGCGCCUCGGCCUGGCGAUACGGCUUCGACACACCUCACAACUACAACGAUCACGAACUCUACUGCGGCGGUUUCACCAGACAAUGGAACAGGAAUAACGGCAAAUGUGGCGUCUGCGGAGACGCUUGGGACGCGCCGCAGCCGCGCGCUCACGAAUUGGGAGGACGGUUCGGCCAAGGCGUCAUCGUACGAAAAUACGCCCCGAAAGAUGUGAUCGUCAUCAAGGUCGAGUUGACGGCUAGCCACAACGGCUUCUUCGAGUUCCGCGUGUGCGAAGACCCUCGAGCGACCCAAGAAUGCCUAGACAGGCACUUGCUACUGCUCGACGGGAGGGAGGACUCCAAGUACUACCCCAGAGAAGGCAACAAGAUCUAUGAAAUGAAAUACCAGUUGCCCGAAGGCUUCGAAUGUGCACAUUGCGUAUUGCAAUGGAGAUAUAUUGCUGGCAAUAAUUGGGGUACAUGCCAAAACGGAACGGGGGCGGUGGGAUGCGGGCCACAGGAGGAGUUUCGUGCGUGCGCUGAUAUCGCCAUCGGGGACAAAUUCACUACGACGACGAAACGCCCGAGACCUACGUAUGUUCCACCGAACAGACGUCCAACGGUGCCGACGCCGGAGGAGACCUCGGGCGGCGCCUGGUACGGCGUUAUUGUGGCCAUCAUCACGCUCCUCGUCGCCCUCGCACUGUUGGCGGGUGUCUACCUGUACUUCUAUGGCGGCGGUAUGAGGAUCAAGAGCCUAUUAAAAUCGAAAACUGCACCACCGGCCCCUGUCCCGCCGCCGAGACACAAAAAAGCGUCGCUGUCUAGAGAGAACCCGCCAGUGAUUUCUUCGCCGAAAUUAAUCUCGGAGUCAGGUUUCGAAACAGUAGACCUAAGGGCCUAA